AUGGCCUCUGGCCACGACGGAGGCACGCUGGAGGCGCUAUGGGCGCCCAUCGACAACAUGGCAGGCUGCGGAGGACGGCCCGACGCGGCCAGGUUGUGGCCGAGCAGGGGCGGGCGCGGCGCAGCAGGCGACGACGGGGUGGUCGGCCGGGCAGAGGCGGGGCGCUUGGCAGUAGCAGCGACAAUGGACGUGGCAACAGAUUACAGCAGCUAG